GCUGUCACCUCUCUCACUCCCUCUCUCUUCAGCCAGACUGACUCCUCCACCAGUCGAGGAUAGCUCUGCUGACACAAGUCUUCCCCGUCCCAUCUCGUCGAGCCGCUGUCUCGUUACCAUGGAAACCCCGAUCCAGAAGCGAAGCGGGCGCGAGUCCAGCGGGCGCGUGCGGUCGCCGGCGCGCAUCACACGGCUGCAGGAGAAGGAGGACCUCUGCAACCUCAACGACCGGCUGGCGGUCUACAUCGACAAGGUGCGCUCGCUGGAGUCUGAGAACGCCGGGCUGCGGAUGCGCGUCAUGGAGUCGGACAUGGAGGUGACCCACCAGCUGUCCGGGGUGAAGGUCGCCUAUGAGACGGAGCUGGCGGACGCUCGCAAGACCCUGGACCAGGUGGCCCGGGAGCGCGCGCGCAUCGAGCUGGAGCUGGGCAAGAUCAGGGAGGAGCACACGGAGCUCAAAGCCAGGAACGGUAAGAAGGAGUCCGAUCUGGAGGCGGCGCUGCUGCGUCUCAGGGACCUGGAGGCUCUGUUCAACUCUAAGGAAGCCUCGCUGGCCACCGCCCUGGCCGAGAAACGAUCGCUCGAGGCCCUGGUCAAGGACCUCAGUGCCCAGCUGGCCAAGUCGGAGGCCGGGCUGGCCGACGCCCGAGCUAAGCUCCAGGAGCAGAUGUUGCAGAGGGUGGACGCUGAGAACCGCCUGCAGACGCUGAAGGAGCAACUGGAUUUCCAGAAAAGCAUCUAUGCCGAGGAACUGAAGGAGACUAAGCAUCGCCACCAGUCUCGUCUGGUGGAGCUGGACAGCGGGCGCCAGGUGGAGUUUGAGAGCAUGAUGGCGAGCGCGCUUGCAGACAUGCGGGUCGAACACGAGGAGCAGGUCGCCCUCUACAAGGAGGAGCUUGAGAGGACCUACACCUCCAAGCUGGAGAACGCGUGCGUGUCGGCGGAGAGGAGGAGUCAACUGAUGGGAGUGUCUCAGGAGGAGCUGAGUGAGAGUCGCCUCCGCAUCGACAGCAUGAGCGCCCAGAUGGGCAAGCUGCAGAGCCAGCUCUCCUCGCGGGACGCCCAGCUGCGGGACCUGGAGGAGGAGCUGCGGAGGGAGAGGGAGGUGUGGAGGAGGCGGCUGGAGGAGAAGGAGCAGGGCAUGGCGGAGAUCCGCAGCCGGAUGCAGCAGCAGCUGGACGACUACCAGGAGCUGCUGGACGUGAAGCUGGCCCUGGACAUGGAGAUCAGCGCCUACCGCAAGCUGCUCGAGGGGGAGGAGGAGAGGCUGAGUCUCUCCCCCAGCUCCGCCUGCAGGGUGACGGUCAGCCGGAGCUCCGCCUCCAGCCACAGCCGCUCCGGGGGGCAAGUGUACUCGACCCCCCCCCCCCCCGUCGUCUCCUCCAGCCGCUCCUCCUCCAGCCAGGCCAAGAAGCGUCGCCUUGACGGCACCAGCGUGGCGGUGGCGGUGGCGAGCGGCGUAGUCUCGGUGGUGGUCACCAGAACUAAGAUUACCCAGAAUGCCUCGGCCAGCGGGCGUGUCACCGUGGACGAGGUCGACAUGUAUGGCAAAUAUGUCCGCCUCAGCAACAAGUCAGACGAGGACCAGCCCCUUGGUCAUUGGAUGAUCCAGAGGAAGGAGGGGAGCAGCGAAACUAUCAGCUACAAGUUCCCACCCAAGUUCAUCCUGAAGGCUGGAGCCACCGUCACAGUGUGGUCAUCCGGAGGCGGAGGGGUCCACAGCCCCCCCACAGACCUGGUCUGGAAGACCCAGACGUCCUGGGGCACUGGGGACAUGAUGGAGACCCUGCUGAUCAACACGGGUGGAGAGGAAAUGGCGAUGAGGAAGGUGACCCGCUCCUUGUUCCAGGAGGGUGACGAUGAGGAGGAGGCGGAGGAGGAGGGCGCUCACGAGUACUACCUGCGCAGCAGAACGGUCAUUUGUGACUCGUGCGGCCAGCCGUCCGAACGCGACUCCUGCGGCGGCGGCGGGCUGCCAGAGGGCAUGGUUGGACAAUCAUUUAUCUUUGGUAACAACCAACGCAGCAGACAGGGGGUGCUAAAGGCAGAGUCAUGCUGCGUCAUGUAGAGACCCUCCUCUUCCUCAACCGAAAAAAAUAUGCUGGAGUUUGUACUAAAGUUUCUUUCUUAUAAAGUUUUCUUGUUUGUGAAGUGAAUCUAGGUUUAAAAAACGUAACUUGAACUAAAUUUAAAUGAAAGCUUGAGUAAUAUUUCAUAAAGUUGAGGAUGUACCUCUAAAGGUUUACUAGAGAAUAGUAAAACUUGUAGUUUGACGAUAAGGUAAGCUGUAUACCUAGCAGUAAAAAGCUAGUAACAGUAAAUGUAUUUUUUGAAAAUUAGAUUAUGGUUCUGGAAGGUCUGAUCCAGAAGUUUAUGUUACUCAGGAUCCAAGCUGGAUAUUUUUGUUGAGUUACCAAAGUCUAAAUGUAACAAAAUAACGGUAUCAAUUAAUAAUUGUGGUCCUCGUGGUAACGUGAAAAGCAUCUUUCAUUUAAAUAGUCUACUUCUCUAUACUUGGAAGUAAAAAUAUAUUCUUAUAUUAUACUUGUGUUUUAUACAUUAUCUCUACGGACGCUAACUAGGUUGUUUCCGUCAUGGAGCAUCUAGGGGGAGGAGCUAUCGGUCAAAUGGACAGCACCGGGUCAUGUGACUAGUGUGUUGGGGAGCUUUCAUGAUAGGGUAAAGGUUAAAUAUUAUGGUGAGAUUGUUAAAUGGUUAGAGCUUUGUGGGGGUUAGGGGGAUGCUUUCGGACUUUGAGACUUAUAUACUGUCUGGCAGCUUUAACUGAUUCUACAAGUCAUUCUUCAGUUCUCAUUAUGUUUACACCUUUUGCAUUUGUACUGUACUUUUAUACCAUUAGCUAGAUUGGUUUGAGUAGCCAUGGUCGAGUGAAGGGCCUUUAAAGACUUGUGAAAUGACCAGUCAAUAUAAUACUGUGCUAUAUCCUGUCACUCUAAAAAAAAUGAAACUAUUUUCAAUAUUUUGUCAUUUAAAAAGAGCAUUAAAAUUGUAUUUUUUUCAAAGUAUGCAUGUUUCUUUGGAGCUACAUUGCUUGUGUUUACAUUAAUAUGACCAAGUACAUUGCAGUCUAUCCCUGGCAAGGUUGCUUUUUUGGAAAGAUUUAAUUUGAGAAUGGGUAGAUAAAGAUCUAUUGAUUCAGCUCAGGUUCUUUUUUUGUUCAAAUGGAUUUCACGUUACAGUGAAAAGUCAUACAACUGCAACCAUGGGGUCAUGGGGCUUUUGAUUUUUUAAGAAAAAUGCAAAAUAAAGAAAAUACAGUUGUCCAUUGUUGUGAUUGCACUUAUUGAUUAGUUAAGAGGGAGCAGGAAAACAAGGGAAAAUGCUGUGGCUUUUAUUUACACUAUAUACAACACAUCGCUUGCUUGCAGUCACAUACGAAAUCAGCGAUCAGAAAGUCCUUUUUCUCUUCAAGCUCAAAUCGAGGCCUCCAUGGGAUUAGAGGCAGGAGGCUUCAUGGUCAACUCUGGGUCCAUUCCAGAUGGUCGCGAGAGAUGUGUUCCAAGAAUUUAUGUUAAAGAUGCUGCAAUAAUCACGUGUUGGAUUAGGACUAGUAUACUGUGGAAAUGUCUUAAAAUGUCAAUGAUUAAUAGACACUAUUCAUCAUACAGGUGUCUAGAAGAAUAGACUCCAAUAUAUAUAAAGGGUGGACGUUCUCAAAUAACUAAUUGUUAUUGAUUAAUGAUUCAAGUCUUAUUGGUAACUGGACCUCAGGUCUCUCGCGGUAAAAAGAAGUACAAGCUUCCUCCAGAGGGGGUCACUGUUGAUGAAUCGGUUCAAAAACACCGACACGGAAUGCUUCUCCCCUCGUAUUGUGGACAGAAGCCCUUGGGUAACUUUUUCUAAAUCCCCAAUAACAAUUUCUUUACCUUGUCACCUUGGUAACGGGGAACAAGGUAACUCGUUUAUAACCAUGGCGACGGCCGAUUGUAUAUUAUGAAUGUGCGGUACCAUAGGGAUGCCAGAUAUAGUGUUAGGCAUAAGUGAGCUUGCGUGACGCGCAACGGGCACAGCCGUUGCUAUUACAAAAAUAUGUCUUCGUAUAUUUGCUCUUCGUGGAUUUUAAGGUACUUUUUCUGUGCUUAUUAGUUUUGAAACUCAAUUUCAAACUUAAAAAAAAAAAAAAAAUGAAGUCCAGAUGUGUUAAAUCCCAUUGUUUCCACGUGAAGAAGACCGACGGCAUUCUAUACGGUCACGUAACACGAAGGCUAACACCUCCUGGUAUAGUCCUGGUUUAGUCUCUUGUCGUUCUUCCCCUGGUCGUCCCCCGGAGUCGUCCUGGUCUUCCCU